UUCUGAGCGUGCCACGUGUUUCUGUGUGUAGUACAGCCGUCUCGGGAGACAGGAAGUGGGCGGGCGUCAGCUUUGCGCGACGCACACACGGAGUACCCAGAGGAGAUGCGUGGUUUUGGGGAGUCAGCCACCGGCUGCUGCUCCGACGUGUUUGGGGAGAAGUGCAGGUCAAACAAACGAGAGAUUUAAAAAACGAAAACAGAAGACCGAGACAUGUCUGGAAAUGUUACGCACGGAGCCUGCGAGAGCAUCAACCUGAACUUUACGCACGCCUUCCUGCCGCCCGUCUUUGUCAUCGUGUUUGUCGUCGGGACGCUGUCCAACAUCUGGGGACUCCGGAGCGUGUGCGCUAGCUGGAGCAAAAUCGGGAGCAUCAACGUGUUCAUGUUCAACCUGGGGGUGGCGGACCUGCUGUACCUGGCCACCCUGCCCUUCCUCGUGCACUACUACGCGCGCAACAGUCGUUGGCAGUUCGGCCAGACUUUCUGCAAGGUGACGCGCUUCUGCUUUAACCUCAACCUGUACGGCAGCAUCGGCUUCCUAACCUGCAUCAGCGUCUACAGGUACCUGGGCAUCGUGCACCCCAUGUGGGUGAUGGGCAAAAUCACCAGCCGCCACUCACUGGCCGUCAGCGCCCUGGUCUGGCUGCUCGUCAUCAUCCAGAUCCUGCCCGACAUGUUCUUCGACAAGAACGAUCCGGGGUCCCCGAACUCGUGUUACGACACCACGUCGAACAAGCUGAUCCAAAGCUACAUGCCGUACAGCAUCGGCUGGACCGUGACGGGGUUUGCCGUGCCGUUGGUCAUCAUCCUGGUCUGUUACGGGCACGUCGUCGCGGUUCUCGCCAAGAAAGCCAACGUCAACCCGCUGCUGAAGCAGCGGUGCUUGAAGCUGGUCGUGAUCCUGUUGAUCCUCUUCUCCGUUUGCUUCAUCCCCUACCACGUGUUUCGAAACCUCAACCUUACGACCAGGAUUCUGAAGAAACGCGGAUUCUGCCACGCGAGCUUCCGCGACAUCUACAUAGCGCAUCAGGUGAGCAGGUGCCUGGCGUGUCUCAACAGCGCCAUCAACCCGCUGGUUUACAUCGUCGGGAACGACGAGUUCCUCAUGAAGCUCCAGCACCUCAGCAGGCGGGCCCGGGUGUCUCUGGCGGGUCUGACAGGAGCCGUCCGGUACCGCAAACCGAUAGAGGUGGACCCGGAUUCGCCGUCGGACACUCGCGGUAAUAACUCCGAGCUGAUGAAAGGAUGAGACGCACCAUCGGGUUCCCUCCCACGUUUCUGAGAAUAAUGAUGUUCGGUGACUGCAGGAUAUGAAGCCUAUUAUCGGCCAUAAGUCAUCGGCUCACCGAGGUGCACACGAACGCAGCACUUCGUCCGGAUCUGCUGCACGUGGUCACAGUAGGCAGAAGUUGUUUUUGCAGCUGGAGCUCAUGUUUGUAUCUCGUGUAGUUUUCGUUAUUGUACAUAUGCUGUUCAUAUUUUUGCACUUUUUAAUGCAUUGCUCUGUGAUUACUUUGUGCAGGGGGAGUCUUGUCCACUGCGCAUGAGCACCUGUUUCUAACUCGAGACAUAUUGCACUCGACCUUAUACCUUUGCACUGUUACAGGUGAAGCUUGUCUUACCCCCGUGGUUUAUGUGAGACAUUUGAGAAGAGCACUGUUCCCUCAGCUUUUUUCUUAUAAUAGAUUCAAGGAACUGCAGUGAUGAUGUAAAUGUUGUAAGUUAGCUAAGUUAAAGAAAAUACCACGCUGUUAAAAAAAAAGGUAACGUCCAUGUAUUACUUCAAUAGAAGUACAGAAGUAUUAUCAAAGAAUGUACUCAAAUAACACUUAUUAAAGUACUCUUUAUGCAGAAUGCCA